UCGUCGCGACGCGACUGGCGGUGCGAAUCUUCGACGUGUCAAGUGCUUCUACAACAUAUCGUCGAUUCGGGGGCUCGCGUGGGCUCGUUUGGAUGCUUCGUCGUGACCGAUACACACACCGGAUGCGGGUGUGUCACAGCAUGGGAGUCAUUCGCAGAGAAUAAAGCUAAAACAAAAGGAGAAGCGUAGGAGAAGCAAAGAAAGAAAAAGAGAGAAUUCGGUUAACAACACACAAUGUUAUGAUGACAAUUCUCUCUACGAAGCAUUAAUAGAUCCACAGCGCGAAGUCGAUUUUGCUUUCGCGGAGAGAGAAACGCGGUAAACUUUGUUGACAUCAGAAGCGUAAAAAUAAAGCGUUACAUGAUUUUUAUGAUUAACUCGGGUACGCAAGAGAAGAAGAAAAAAAGGAAGCGACAAACAUGUGACAUAAAUAAGAAGCUUGAAGGAAUAACGCAACAUUUGCGAAAACAGCGUAGCGUAGAACAAGGGUCAUUGCGUCUGCAUAAAAUAAGAGACUGAGUACGACGGAGUGAAGGAAGGGAUCGAGCGGGACAGAGAAGGAGAUAGAGCAAAGAGAGCUGAGUUUAAACCGCGGAGGAGAGCACGCACAAAGUUAGACGAGGCCGUUCACGGGUACGAAUGGAUGCACGUGCACGUAUACGCACACUGAGAAAGAGAGAAAAAGAGACCGACCGCCGGCGUACGGUCGCGACAAAGAGCGACGUACAUCCGUGGAGAAGAAGGAGAGGUGUGGAAGUUGCAUGACGCUCAAGACGCGCCGUGACGCCAUAACGUAUCGACCGCAUUCGCCACGCGCGCUGACGUCACGAUCACGGCUCGAGUCAGACCUGGAGCACGUGAACAGCACGCCUGCGAUCACGCGGCGCCGGCCUGAUCAGGUGGCGCGGAUUGGCCGGCCGCCGGCGAGCCCCUCGCCGCGAUUGGCCGCGCGAGCGCGGCGUUUAUAAUCACGCACACAUGCAGCGACGCGAAUCGGCGCGUCCCAAGGCAGCGACGACCCGAGAAAGCUUCAUUGCGCUGCGAGACACCCGGUCGUUACGUACGGACCGUCGUCGCUCCACUUUUGCCGCGCGUAGGCUCGCCUUUGCGCGUGUGGUACCUCUUCGGGCGUUUCUUUUUUCUUCUCGUUUCCUUCUUUCUUUCGGCUUUCCCGUUGGCUCUGAGCAAAGCCUUCGGACUUCUUUUUCCUUUCCCUCAUUGUCCGGCCGAGCCGUGUCGUCGGUCCUGCGCGAAUAUGGACGCGAACCAGGCACCUCUUUCGCCGCCGGCCUCGCCCCAGCUGAAGCACAUAGAACCGUUGCAGUUGUCAUUUAGCGUCGCGGCUUUAUUGGGGGAGAAGCUUCCGGGCCAGUCGGAGAAGUCUGAGCGAAAAGACGAGGAGGAUGCGGGCUCUCAUCCCGUCCUGCCGCCCACUCCUCAGCCUUCCGAUACCGAGGAGGACGAGCCGCCACGAAAACGGCAAUGCGUCGAGCAGUGCGAACUGACGAAGCUGUUGCUGGACGGCACGCCGCCGCCGAGCCCAGAGUCAGCCCGGGUUUCCGUGAUAAUGCGCGCAAAUCGGGACGGCACCUGCAGCCCGGCCAAUUUAACGGGCUGUUCCACGGUCAGCGACCACGCCGCGCCACGUGAUCAGCAGACCGUCGCGCGGCAGCGCGCCAGUAGUCCGCGGGCAACCGUGCGAGUGAAUACGACAGAGCCAAGGGAGAACGUGUUGCGCAGCUUAAAGUUUAAGAUGAGCCGGCGUAAGGAGGAGAUCAUCGUCAACAGCAAGAAUACUGACCGCGAGAGCAGCCCACAACAAACACAGCAACAGCAACAAUUACCGAGAUUACAGCCCCUGGCACCCAAGCCAGCGCCUAUCGUCGUGGCCAGUCUGUUGGGAUCACCCUUGGUCUUACCUCGAGCGCCUCUUUUACUUGUAACCAACGCUGCGCCGGCAACCGCCACCGUGACUGCCAGUAUGACGAGCACAGGCGCCACGGAGAUGCGUCGUCGCGUGUACGAGUGCGAAUAUCAGGGCUGCGGCAAGAACUAUUUCAAGUCGUCGCACUUAAAAGCGCACACGCGCACGCACACUGGCGAGCGGCCGUUCCCGUGUCCCUACGAGGAUUGCAAUCGCCGCUUUUCCCGCAGCGACGAGCUCUCGCGGCAUAAGCGGACACAUACUGGCGAGAAGAAGUUCGCUUGCGCCGUCUGCCAGAGGCGCUUCAUGAGGAGCGACCAUCUGGCGAAGCACGUGAAGCGCCACGCCAGGGACAAGUCGUCUUCGUCCUCGUCGUCGUCAUCGUCUUCUUCCGGUAAUCAGAUCUCCGCUUCGCAGGUGGCUUCCGCACCCUUGAGAGUGAGUUUGUUGCCGGUGUUGGCACCGCGAUUAACGGCGCACCCGGUACCACAACUGUUACCGCCUCAAUUGGCAGCUUGAACCAUUUGAAGCGCGACCACCAAAGUCGCCUGAAAGCUAUAUUUUAUGCUCUCCGCGCGUGUGCGCGCGGACCCUGAUUCCGGGUCCCGGAUCGCUCCCAGUAUGCGGAGAUGAAGGUGAAGAACUCCAUAUUUGGAUAUUCGAGUUGAACAAUGCAAGUAAACAAUGCAAGCGAUCAGUUAAACUGAUUCCGGAUGACUGUUAAAGACGGGGAGUCGAUCUUGUAUUCGAUGAAGUGCUGCUGGAAGCCUAAACGUGGCAGCGGCCAACUGAUUAACCCGCAUAAUCUGGUCAGUUAAGAAGAUGAUGAGGUCGUCGAGACUUGAAGGUAUAAUCCACGGGAAAAGAAUGUAAAUCAGCUGGCAUGUAUAAACACUGUUUCUCAUAGUGGGAACAUCGAAGAUGCAGAUAUGCGAAGCUAAAUAGGAGUAGAGAUUGAAGAUAGAACAGAGAGAGAGAGAGAGAGAGAGAGAGAGAGAGAGAGAGAGAGCCGUACUUAAGGAUACAAAGUAAAAAACACAAAACGGCGAUAAGUCAUCGAGUAGGAGGACUUCAUCACCGUCCACGAACCGAGUACCUAAGUGAGUCUGUGAUCCGUGACGCGUGAAGGCUAGUGCACAGUUUAAUCGAGAGUAUCACGGCUGGAGAGUUCCUCUCAGAGAGUGAGGCUCAUGUUCGCAGUGUGUAUUCAGCGUCAAAUGUGGCCAUAUGCUCCUUGAGGAGUGCGAUAACGGCGAGUGUAAUCGCUCAUAUUACAAACAGAAUCGAAUCCAAAUCACGCAUUAUUAACGCUAAAUAUUGGCUGUCAGAGAAGACGGGUUUCAAGCUUUUGCGGGUGCCAUCAUCGAUUGCUCGGCGGCUCCAUUCAAGCGAUGCAGACGUUUGAAGGAAGACGAUGCGCCAACGGUAUUGCGGAUUCUUUCUUCGGAUAUCUUUCGCACGGCUUUUGGAGCAUCGUGUCGAGCCACUCGAGUCACUCUCUAGGAACCAGCUGCUCUCGACGAAGAGGUCUCAAACGCGCGCACCAAGCUUCUUCAGCGCGUUGACCGAGAGACAGAGAAGAGAAGGAAGAAUAUUUAUUUACGAGAAAGAGCGAGAUGUGUGUUACGAUGUAUAUUUAAAACAGUUAUGCAGCGGCUUCUAAGAUUAUAGAUCGCCGAUGGUUAGUUACGCAUGUUGGUUAAUGAACCAGGGGCGCAAAGGUGGAUUCAACGGCGAGAUCGCGGAGAACGUGGUUUCUUUGUCGACGAUUUUGUUAUUAUAUUUCUCCCCUCGAAUCACAAUUCUCCCGCGUUUAUUCCGCAGAGACUCGCAACGUGUUGUUUUUUUUCUUCCAGAGUUUAUUUAAUAUUCUAUUUCUCUCUCGUGUCCACGCGCGCACACGGGCGACUCUCGUGAUUGUUGCGACCCGCAAAGCGCCCAGAUUCGCCCGUGGCAUCGUGCACGCAUAUGUAUCACGGUCGGGUAAGAAAUACUCUCGCCCGGAGGUAUAAGACUUUAUUGUAUAUAUGUAUCGUUAAACUGUCAAGAUUUUUUCUACAGUUAAAUAAAUUGUAUACUUUCGUAAA